GGUCGCUUUUUUCCCCAGUUACGGCCUACAUAAGGGUUCCAAACAAGGACAUACGAGCAUCGAGUCAUUGUAGACCCAAAAUCAUCCAUUGUGGAGUUCCUUCUGAUGCACCAGCAAACAAGGCAUAUGAUGGCUUCUGUUUCAUGUGGAAUAGUUCAGCUUUCUGCUGCUUGGAAGCGUUUGUGAGCUCAAAUCCUCAAAAGAUUUCUCGAUCUUUGUUGCAGGAGGCAAUAACUAGGGCUGUUGCCGUGCAAGGACCACCAUGAAAUUGGCUUUGCUUCCCUUUCUGGCUCUCUAUUUAGCUUUUGUCUCAAGUGGGGCCAGUAGGAAUGUCUCUUCAAGGCCUGCUGUUGUAACCAUUGGAGCUGUUUUCGGAUUCAACUCCACCAUUGGAAGAGUAGCAAAGGUGGCCAUCAAUGCAGCACUGGACGAUGUCAAUGCCGAUUCGAGUGUCCUUCAGGGCACCAAGUUGGCUAUUGAAAUGCAAGAUUCCAAUUGCAAUGGCUUCCUUGGCAUCGUUGAGGCUCUACAAUUUAUGGAGGCUGAUAUUAUUGCGAUGGUUGGCCCGCAAUGUUCUACAACUGCGCAUAUCCUUUCUCAUGUUGGCAAUGAGCUCCAAGUUCCUAUGCUGUCCUUUGCUGCAACUGACCCUACACUUUCUUCCCUUCAGUUUCCCUUCUUUGUUCGGACCACCCAAAGUGAUGUAUUCCAGAUGGCUGCUAUAGCUGAAAUGCUUGAUUAUUACCAGUGGAAACAGGUGAUUGCUGUGUUCUUUGAUGAUGAUAAUAGUAGAAAUGGAAUAGCUGCCUUGGGUGAUAAACUCGCAGAGAGGCGUUGCAAGAUCUCCUAUAAAGCUGCACUGCCACCUGAAGCCACCAGGACUGACAUCACUGAUUUAUUGGUCAAGGUUGCUUUGAUGGAGUCUCAUGUUAUCGUUCUACAUGCGGAUCCAACCUCUGGUCUCGAAGUUCUCUCCGUGGCUCAUUUUCUAGAAAUGAUGGGAAAUGGAUAUGUUUGGAUAGCAACGGAUUGGCUUACUUCUCGAUUAGAUACUUUUGCGCCUCUUGCUCCUGAAACCAUGAACACAAUGCAAGGGGUUCUUACCCUGCGUCGGCACACACCGGAUUCAAAAAGGAAGAGUGCCUUAGUCUCUAAGUGGAGUAUGUUAACCAAGAAAGAGAACAGUGGAGACUUUCACCUCAAUGCUUAUGGUUUAUGUGCUUAUGAUACUGUAUGGAUGAUUGCUCGGGCUAUAGAUGCAUUUUUCAAUGAUGGUGGAAUGAUUUCAUUUUCAAAUGAUUCAAGGUUGCAUGAUCUAAAGGGAAGCGCUCUACACAUUGAGGCAAUAAGUGUGUUUGAUGAAGGGAAGCUUCUGCUGGAUGAGGUACAAAAGACAAAUUUCACAGGGGUAACUGGUCAAGUGCAGUUUGAUUCUGAUGGGAACCUCAUUCAUCCAGCUUAUGAUAUCAUUAAUGUAGUAGGAACUGGAAUGCGGACAGUCGGUUAUUGGUCAAAUUAUUCUGGGUUGUCAGUUGUGCCUCCUGAAACACUCUACUCAAAGCCACCUAAUCGUUCUGCUGCAAAUCAACAACUCUACAGUGUUAUUUGGCCUGGGGAAACGACUACAAAACCUCGUGGAUGGGUUUUCCCUAACAAUGGAAAAGAGUUGAGAAUUGGUGUUCCUAAUAGAGUAAGCUAUAAAGAAUUCGUCUCGAAAGAUCCAGUUACAGGCACAGUGAAAGGUUACUGCAUUGAUGUGUUUACUGCUGCUGUCAGCUUGCUGCCAUAUGCUGUUCCAUAUAAGCUCAUACCUUUUGGGAAUGGUCGUGAGAACCCAAGUUAUACUGAGCUAGCAAACAUGGUUGCCUUAAAUGUUUUUGAUGCUGCUGUUGGUGACAUUGCCAUUGUUACAAAUAGGACCAAGCUUGUUGAUUAUACGCAGCCAUAUAUUGAGUCUGGGCUUGUUGUACUGGCUCCUGUUAAGAAACAUCACUCAAAUGCUUGGGCCUUCCUGCAACCAUUUACGGUGGAGAUGUGGUGUGUCACGGGGUUGUUCUUUCUUGUUGUGGGAGUAGUCAUCUGGAUUCUUGAGCACAGGAUCAAUGAUGAAUUCCGUGGCCCACCAAGGCAACAACUAGCUACCGUCUUUUGGUUCAGCUUUUCAACUUUGUUUUUUGCUCACAAAGAGAAUACCUUAAGUGUUCUGGGGCGUGCAGUGCUUAUAAUAUGGCUCUUUGUGGUUUUGAUUAUUCAAUCAAGCUACACAGCAAGCCUGACUUCAAUCCUCACGGUACAACAACUCUCGUCUCCUAUAAGGGGGAUUGAUAGCUUAAUAACUAGUGAUGAGCCUAUUGGGUUUCAAGUGGGUUCAUUUGCAGAAGGUUAUAUGGUUGAAGAGCUCAACAUUGCAAAAUCCAGACUCAAAGCCCUCGGUACUCCAGAAGAGUAUGCUAGAGCCCUUGAACUGGGACCUGACAAUGGAGGUGUUGCUGCUGUGGUCGAUGAGCGCCCCUAUGUUGAAAAUUUUCUAGAAACAAAGUGCAAAUUUGCCAUUAUUGGCUCAGAAUUUACCAAAAGCGGCUGGGGAUUUAUAUUCCCAAGGGACUCCCCUUUAGCUAUGGAUAUGUCAACUGCUAUUCUUUCACUGUCCGAGAAUGGAGAUCUCCAAAGGAUCCAUGACAAGUGGCUAACAAGAAGUGCAUGCAGUUCUGCAACUGAUGAGCUUGACUCUGAUCGGCUCCAACUGACUAGUUUCUGGGGCUUGUUUCUCAUAUGUGGAGUAGCAUGCUUUCUUGCUCUUCUCACAUUCUUCUUCCUCAUGCUACGCCAAUAUCUCCGGCAUGCACCCGAAGAUGAAGCAGAUCCCUCAAAUCAAGGAAAGUCAACGUCAGGCCGCAGUCUCCAUAAGUUUCUAUCUUUUGUUGAUGAUAAGGAAGAAGCUGUGAAGAAUAGGUCCAAGCAACGACAGAUGCAGAGGACAACAGACAAUGGCACUAUUGAUAUUGAAAGCUAGUCUCAGCAUAUUAGCCCUUGAUACAUAGUCUUCAAUCAUUCACCUGCUACUCUGUGAUCGCAAUUGUGUAGUACAGAGGUUCUUUAGAGAGUAAACUUCAGCUAAAGGAGAAUAACUGAUAAUAGUUCUGUUGUAACACGAAUAUUAUAAAUGAUUAAUCAAUAUAUUGGUCCCGAUGCUAUUUUUCGGUUGAAAACCU